AUGCACAAAAAAGUGACAGGUAAUUUCAAAGAAAUCGAACGUAAUAUUCAAGAGCACGAAAAAUUUCGUGAAGAAGCAGAAAAACAACUUGAAAAAGACAUGGCAAAUCUUAAACUUGCUUAUCAAGAUAUAAAUAAAAAACGUGAAUUAGAAGAAGCUAAAUUAAAACAAUCAAAUUCAAACAAAGCUGAACAAACGGAACGUCUUGGCAUGGGAUUUGGCAAUCGAAGACUGAAUGAUAAUCAAUUUAAACCAAAAUCUCUAUCGAAAAAUACGGAUUCAUUCAGUGCUGAUUGGGAAGUUAUUGAUCGAAAAACUCCAACAAAAGAGUUUGAAUCAAGUGGAAGGAAUAGUUCAUCAUAUUCCAAUUAUGGUAGUUCAACUACUAAUAGUGCUGGAUAUAGGUAA